AUGCAUUUCCAAGAGACAGCCGGUCUAUAUACCGCCGCUGCUCUGCUACGACUAACACUAUUCGCUUUCUUUCCUGGACUUCCCGAUUUGCUGACAGCCCGCGUCGAGAUCUCGACUCCCGUAACAAGCUUCAAGCGACUACAAGAGGGCCUAUUCCUCUAUAAUCAUAAUGUCUCGCCGUACGAUGGCGGCGUCUACCACCAAGCACCACUGCUUCUCCCGCUCUUCUCUCUGCUCCCAGACCCUUCAACGUAUCCCAUAUUCGCAUAUAUCCUCUACAUUAUAGUCGACCUACUUAGCGCAGAUGCGCUUUACAAGAUCGCUGAGUCGGGAGAAGCCAGCGCAUCGAAACUUUUUACCUCGGCCCGUAAGGAAAGGAGAUGGAGUGGUUAUAUCGUUGCGGCCAUCUUCCUCUUUAACCCAUUCACAAUCGCGACAUGCAUGGGUCGGCCUACCAAUGUCUUUACCACAUGCGCCAUACUACAUGCGAUUGUAAAAGCAAUAGCUGGCAACCCCUUUACCUCUAUGCUAGCUCUCUCUUUCGCUACUUACCUCUCCAUGUAUCCUAUCUUACUCCUCCCUCCGUUAAUACUCUUGGCAUACGACCGGCAGCAUGCCUCAAGAAAGACCUCGUCGCUGUUACAAUUCGCCGGCAUCAAUGUAGCAGCUAUUAGUCUGUGUCUCUCGGUCCUACUCUUCGGCUCCUAUCUCCUGACCGGGUCCUGGGAAUUCCUUGCUUCGACCUACGGGAUCCAAUUGACGCUGACUGACCUAACACCAAACGUUGGACUGUGGUGGUACUUCUUUAUUGAGAUGUUCGACAGCUUUCGCGCCUUCUUCCUUGGCGUAUUCUGGUUGCACCUAUCAUGUUACGUGGGGGGACUAUCGAUUCGCAUCCGAUCGCAACCACUCGCCGUGCUAACUAUACUCCUCGGAAUAUUCGCCAUAUUCAAGCCAUAUCCCAAUAUUGCGGAUACGAGUUUAUUCCUUGCCAUGGUGCCGCUGUUCAGGCAUGUAUUUCCGCUUCUACGAUACAGUUUCUUAGCAGCCUCAACCAUACUCUAUUCUUCAUUCUUAGGCCCUUCCUUCUAUUACCUAUGGAUCUAUGCUGGUAGUGGAAACGCAAACUUCUUCUACGCUAUUACUCUAGUUUGGAGCCUGGGCCAGAGUCUGCUGGUCAGCGACUUGACAUUUGCAGUACUCCGGGAUGAGUGGGAGAUAGAACGGCCCGAGAUGGUUGGGAAAGAAAUCCGACAAGUUUAG